AUGCCGCCGCUUCCCCAAUCUAAAAUUCUCCUUCCGUUGUACAUAUACCCGAAUCCGGGUGCUUGGGAGCCUCUUUAUACAGCCGUCUCGCAACACCCUCAACUUGAGUUUUUGGUUAUAAUCAAUCCCAACAGUGGACCCGGAAGCGCACCGUGGUGGCCUAACGAAGACUACGUCCGAGAAAUACCGAGGCUAAAUGCGCUGCCGAAUGUUACCACGCUUGGUUAUGUGCGAGCGACGUACUGUAAGCGGCCUCAUGGAGACAUCUGCGGAGACAUUGAGACCUAUGCCGAGCGCGGCCGAAACGACGAGCGGAUGAAAGUCGAUGGCGUAUUUGUCGAUGAAACGGUGAAUCUAUUCUCAGCGGAAGCGAAGAAGUAUCUGGACGGGAUCGAUGACAAGGUCCAGAGCGCUGGUUUCUCCGGUAAAAGAAUGGUCAUUCAUAAUCCUGGUACAGCUGUGAACGCUGGACUGGCUGCACCAGGACCAGAUAUCACUGUGAUUGUGGAGACGUCGUAUGAGCACUUCAUGUCGAAGGAAUAUCGUGAUUGGCUAGCGACGUCGCCGUACGAUCGUUCGCGGACCGCGUACAUGGUGCAUUCCGUCCCGGAAGCCGAGGUGGAACCUCUGACAAAGGCGCUGCGCACGCGUGCAGAGUAUCUCUUCGUGACCAGUGCAACUUGCGAGUUCUACGAGAAGUUCGGCACCAGCUGGAUGAGAUUCGUGGCGGCCAUGGUAGAGCAGUAA